AUGGCUAGCACCAGUGUCAAGUCGGCAGUCGCCCGAAUUGCUGGUGUGAGCUACGCGAAUCUCGAAGAGUUGAAGCGUGUGGUCAUUCCAAAAGAAGAACAAGAAGUCGUGAGAAAAGAAAUUCAACGUUUGCAAGACGAAAAGGUUCGGAUAAACACACCAUCGGCAUCGUCUCCUCCAGUUCCUCCACAAGCUUCUACCACACCGUCCACUACUGCGCCGUCUACAGUACCUUCUUCUUCAUCCAGUGCUCCAGCUGAUUCCCGACUAGUACAAUUCGAAGCCGGAGUUCCAUUAAAAUGCGUGCGUAUCCCAAAACGAGAGCAACGGAAGGCACAAAUGGCCAUUGACGAAAUGAACACUCUAAAUAACUUGUCUUAA